AUGGCCGAAGCGACGGAUGAACAUAAACCCUGCGCAACAUGCGGGAAAAUACCCGCCGUAAAGAGAUGUUCCGCCUGCAAGACUGUCAAAUACUGCAGUGAGCAGUGCCAGAAAAAUGACUGGAAUCCCCGACACAUGCAACAAUGCAACAUAGAGCAACGAGUCAAACGUGCUGGUGCACUUCUUCAAAAGCUCUUCUUAGAGGUCCGCGAGCGUAACUUCAAUUUCCGAAUCCGCUCGGUUGAACGUAGCUCCGGCGAGCUGUCGUACACCCCUGAACCAAAGGUACCAGGGAGACUUUAUCGUUUUGAGACAGAUGUUCAAGUGAGCAAUGCCGAGAAGAAAAUGAUAUUGAGUGCUUCAACUUGUAUGUUCUCUAUAGCGUACUUCUAUGACAUCUUGCGGAAGAUGCUGGAAGGUACCGAUGUCCAGAUCCACGAGGUCAAUCUCGGACUCAAAAGACCCACCAAGAUUGCACGUAUCAUGACAAAGCAAGGAGUGUCAGAGUUUGACAGCCAUUGGAUCUUUCGAGUGACAGCAACAGAGAGCAAGAAGCAGUGGUAUCUUGACCCCAGUGGACCGCAAUUCAACAUCUUCGAAACUUGUUCUGACGCUGGAGUCUAUCUUACUAACCAUGUCGAAGAAGUUCGAUUAAUCGUUCCGGCUGGAUCCACGAAGAGACUUUACGAGAAGCUCGCGACGGUGCCUGGUGGAGAUGGAAAAGGCCGGCAGAUGACAUGGAAGAUGAUCGAGACGGUCGAUUUGACGAUAACCAAAUGGGAAGCAAAUGCACACACACCUGUGCCGAAACUUCUGCGAGAGAAAGAGAUGGAUUUCUUACUGGCAGAAAAGAGCUUGCUCGACUUCAUUGCCAGCACUUUCGAUGACUUGAGCAAAACUUUGGAUUGGAGCAAAGAGAUCUUGACAUCGCCAUCAAGAGAAGCUGAAGAACAGAGGGUCGCAAUUCGUCGGGAGCAUGGUAGCGAGAUAGCCGAGCCAUCGAAGGAUCAGGAAUGUGAUCCUUCUGCCCUGUGGAGCAAAACUUGUCCCGGAUUCGCCAGUCCACAUAGCCACCAGUUGGAUUCGUGA